AUGGAAGACGAAAUCUCUCAUAUCUUUGAAGAUAGAAAUAUCCCAUUCAAAUAUGAAACUAUUCGGACCGCCAUCACGGAGCCUGGUACCGGGAGCUGGGUCUCAGAGCAUCUUCGAAAUGAUACCCUACUCUCAAAAGACGAAAUCACCAUAUACACGAAGCUAGGGUCCUCUGCUAGUGUUUAUCAACAGGAGGAACUGCAAUCCACCAGGCCGAUUCUUGACGAUGAGCUUAAAAGGGCGAUUGAGUUGCUCAAUACGUCAACGGCCGCGAUCGAUCGUCAAACAGAAGCUUUAAAAUUUCAAUGCAAGGAGCUGAGAUCUCAAAUUGAUCAAGGGACGCGUGUUGAGCAGCAGCGUUCGAAAUCGACUGCGAGGCUGUCGACCGGACAUACCGCGGAAACUCAACGGAUUAAUUUAGCGAUUGAUGAUAUGAUCCAUGAUUUUGAGGAGAUGCUACAGACGACACAGAAAGAGCUAUCAACCGAUCAAAAUAGCUUACUUUCGAAUGUGUCCAGCCUUCUGAGAGAGCACGAUGCAAUACUUCGAAAUAUGGAAAAUAUGGCAGCCGAAUCUCAAUCUGAAGAAGAUAGUAAUCUCUUAAGAAAACGUGCUGCUUCUCUAUCUACAUUACUAGCGAGAUAUCUAAGCGAAGAAAUCAAAUGCCGUUUAGAUCGCGUGUUUCUAGAGACGAUGGAAAAGAACGAACUCGUAAAUUGCGACGAGCACCAUGUUUUUGACCAGGCUGAGAGCGUGGAAGCUGAAAUCAGCUCUCUGUACCCCGAAAUUACCGUUCUUUCAGACAUGGCAGCCAGGAAACAAUUUCGAUCCCCGGUGUUGAACGCACUUGAGGAAUGGCGGUCACAAUCACGACUUCAAGUUGAAGAGCAGCUGCAGCAGAUUCAUGAAAUGAUAUGCGAACUGACCGAAUCAACGAUCCAUAUCACCGAAAAGGUGAAAUGUCGACAAAAUCAUAACUUUACUCUUAUCUCUCUUACCUCUACAUACCACGAACAAGUUAGCAACCGCCAACUCCAAGAUCCAAAAUCAGAAAACAAGCGGCUGUCGAGGUACACCCCAAGACUAUCACAAGCAUAUGCCGGUUCACGGGGCUCUUUGGAAGUCAACAGCGACAAUAGCAUUCAAGAAACAUCCAAGAAAGAGUCGACUCAAUCCCUAGAGAACCUGCUUAGGCGCUUUGGCGCUUCUCUAUCUUCUCUACAGAAUGCGGACUCAACAGAGGCUGUCCAUCAGAUACUUAACGAAAAACGAUUAUACAUUCUGGAAAUGCUCGAACGCCUGUAUGAUACUAUAACGGCACCGCUUGCCCCGAAUCUCGAUGCGGCCGAUAAAGCUAGACAGCUCCUCUCAGCCGCCGUGCAAUAUGGUGCCAACUCUACAGGGCCCUUGGGAAAUACAGCCCAGCAACAACGAACUGAGGAACUACAGGCGAAAAUUGCGAUUAUUCAGAAAGGUGUUGAAGGUAUUGGUUCUGAAAGCUUGUAUAGUUCUGGCCGUACUCGAGAGCGCUUUUUGGAGACGUGGGGUUGA